CUCAUCUCCGUCGCCUCCACUCUCCGCCCAAAAAAACAAAGAGCGCUCGCUUUGUAUGUAUUCUACACUGACUACUUAUUCCUUCUCCCUCCCCUACAAACCCCCCAAACUCUCCCCGUUCGAUCNCCCCCCCCCCCUCUCUCCUUCCUCCGAUCGUCGUCCUCCUCCGGAACCCUAGGAUCGAUGUUCGAGUUCUCCGCAAUGCCGACGCUCGGCCAGAUGGACCCGUCGGAUCCGAACUUUUGGAUGGAUUACCUCAAGGGGAUGCUGAAGCCCGUGGCGGCGCUCGCGGCGGUGCUCAUGGCGGUGGCGCUCUCCUUCUCCCAGAAGCUGAAGCUCGAGUGGGAGAUGAUCUACGCCAUCGCUAGGGCUUUUCUCCAGCUCUCCAUUAUCGGGUUCGUGCUCCAGUUCAUCUUCACCCAGAAGAACGCCGGGUGGAUCAUUCUCGCUUACCUCUUCAUGGUAUCAGUUGCUGGAUAUACAGCAGGUCAGAGGGCCAAACAUGUUCCUCGUGGAAAGUACAUUGCAGGCAUAUCCAUUUUGACGGGAACUGCGAUUACCAUGUUCCUGCUCGUUGUGCUGAAUGUUUUCCCCUUCACUCCAAGAUAUAUCAUCCCUGUUGCUGGCAUGAUGGUCGGCAAUGCGAUGACAGUUACUGGAGUUACGAUGAAGAAGCUCCGGGAAGAUGUCAAAAUCCAAAGGAACCUGGUGGAAACUGCCCUGGCUCUUGGCGCGACUCCCCGGCAAGCUACACUUCAGCAGGUCAAGAGGUCUCUCGUCAUUGCACUCUCCCCUGUCAUAGACAAUGCGAAGACCGUUGGUCUGAUAUCUCUUCCAGGUGCCAUGACCGGGCUUAUAAUGGGAGGUGCAUCACCUUUAGAGGCAAUCCAGUUGCAGAUAGUUGUGAUGAACAUGCUCAUCGGAGCGUCGACAAUCAGCAGCAUCCUUUCUACCUACCUUUGUUGGCCCUCUUUCUUCACCAAAGCUUACCAACUUGAAGACAAAGUCUUUGCUGAUUAAGUCAUCUCUCUCUCUCUUACUCUCUCUCUCUCUGACAUUCAGAGAAGUGUUAUCAUCUGUAUUAUGAUUAGUGCCAUUAGUAGAUGAACUUGGUAAGGUUGAAUAUAACCCUUGUUGUUUGCUUGAGCUAAUUUCCUUUUUGUGAUGCUGUGUGGAGUGCUUUAAUUUUAGCUUCGAGUUGUAAGAGGAAGAGUAAAAACUCUUCAGGUGAAGCUAAUGACUUGUUGUAAAAGAGUGCAGAGCUUUUAAAGGAUUUGACCGUGCUGAGUCUUACCUAUGUACAUUGAUUUGAUUGGAGCCUGUUGGAAAUUUCAUUAUAUGCUUAAGUUGAAA